AUGCGGGACCCAAUACCCCCACCAACGAUGCUGGUCCAGCUCACUCAGCCUCUGGCUGACAAGCUGGGCCUAAAGACAAUGCCUUACCACGUUCAUGAGAUCCUGAUAGGCUUCCUUGCGUAUCAUCUCAUCUUACACGUAGUCUCGCCAGCUCUGUCCAAACUCGUGUGCCCAAAGACAUACGCAGGCUUCAACAGGCGCACACAACUGAACUGGGAUGUGCACUGGGUUUCCAUGAUACAAGCACUAUUUAUUAAUGGUGCGGCUCUGUACGUGAUCUUCACGGAUCCCGAGAGAAAGGAGAUGGACUGGAAAGGCAGGCUGUGGGGAUAUACGCCAGCGAGUGGCAUGGUUCAGGGCUUCGCUGCUGGCUACUUCUUGUGGGAUCUCCAAGUUUGUCUACAGCACUUUAGCAUCUGUGGCGUGGGUGCUUUGGUGCACGCCAUAGGUGCUCUUGCUAUUACAUGCAUUGGUUUUAAACCCUUUGGAAACUACUACGGUCUAUCGUUCAUCCUUUACGAACUAUCUACACCAUUCCUGAACAUCCACUGGUUUUGCGACAAACUAGGCCUUACUGGAUCUAAGCUCCAGCUCUACAACGGUGUGGCGCUACUCUUCACAUUCUUUGCUUGCCGAGUUGUUUGGGGAACCUACCAGUCGAUCAUGAUUUAUUCGGAUAUCUACAAGGCCCUGACGACACCGGCAUCUCAGUUGACAAGCCUCUUGCCGGGUGACGACAUGUGUGGACGUAACGCCAGCAGCAAGGCAUACGGAGGACCCGUCAGCUGUGAGAUAACCGAUUUGCCGAUGUGGCUAGUAACGAUCUACCUGGUGGGAAACACUGCGUUGAGUAUUCUGAAUGUUUACUGGUUCAGUCAGAUGGUGAAGGCGGUAAGGAAGCGGUUCGUACCGGCCGAAGAGGCGACUGCAAAAAAGAGCCAAUAG